UGCUUUUUGCUCAUUCCGAUUUUGUCAAGCGACGUGUGCGGAACUGAAGUGAAAGAGGCGGUUCGGCGAAAUCGCAUUGUACUUUCGUUUCUUGUGGUGUUGUUUGUGCCGUGUGCCCCGAGUCAAAUCGAAUCAAAAUAAAAAAUUCGUGUUCUUCCUUUUUUGUGUACCAAGAAAUUAGCGGCGUUCUACCAACGAACAACCACCCGUUCUUUUUUUUUUUUUUAUUUUUUAAUUUGUUUUUUUUUGUUUUGUAACACAACAAAUCGCGUGAUCUUGUCGAGUGUCGGCAGAAAUCGAGUUUUCCAGGAGAUCAGGCGCGCGCACUGCUUGCCUUUUGUGCGCACCACAACUACUGCUUGCAUUCCGGGGCGAUGGCUCAGUCGACUGCGACUUCGCCGCGCUACACCGGCUUUAACCCCCUGAGCCAGACCCAGACUCAGACCCAGACCCAGACCCAGAACCUCAGCAACCCGGCCACGGAUCCGGAUUUGGUGGCCCCCUUGUCAGCAGCAUCAUCAUCAGCAGCUACAGCUACAGCAGCAACAGCUACAGCUACAGCUACAACAACAGCAGCAGCAGCACCGACAACAGCAGAUCAACCCGAAAAACCUGAGGAAGAAGGAAAAGGAGCUCAUCCACAUCCAGAACUGACGGAAACAAACUCCAACCAAAAGAUACUUUUAGCUAGCAAAAGUAGUAGUUCAAACGACCAGAAUCACAACCAAAUCGACGACGACGAGGAUAAAGUAGGAACAUUGCCAUUACCACCCCUGCCCUCCAUCAACAAAAGGACACCCAACGCCCAACUGCUCCACCCUCGUCCAAUAAUCCGCUCCAUCCCGUCCUACACAGACGACCUGUGCACCUGCUGCAAUUGUGCAUACUCCAGUAACUCCAGUAACAGUUCCUCAUCCGACUCGUCCACAUCCUCAUCCUCAUCAGCGACUGCACUUGCAGCCGCAGCCGCAGUCGCAUCCGCAUCCGCCGUUGCCAAGCAGCUCGCCCGCUCCGUGACCGCCACCAGCAUCAUGGACAUGCCGUACAACACCUCGCCGUCACUGCGGGUGCGCACCACCUCGCUGAAUCAGCUGAAGAAGACCGCCGACCUGGCCAUUGAGAACGAGUUGCACGUGUGCCCGUCGGUGAUGUCCGAGGAGCUGCGCAAGCUGCUGCCCCCCACCUCGGAGACGGUGAUGACCAAGCCGUUCCCCAUCCGCGGCGAACGGACCAUUGCCGACUGCACCACGCCCCAUGUGAUAGCCAUGGUGGGUCUGCCGGCUCGCGGCAAGACCUUCAUUUCCAAGAAGCUGGCGCGCUAUCUCAAUUGGAUUGGGAUCUCCACACGAGUAUUCAAUCUGGGCGAGUACCGGCGACAUGCGACCACCGCCUACAAGUCGCACGAGUUCUUUCGCGCCGACAAUGAGGAGGCGAUGGCCAUCCGCAAUCGGUGUGCCAACCAGGCGCUGCACGACUCCUGCGACUGGCUGCUGAGCGGCCAGGGGAGCAUCGCCGUUUUCGAUGCCACCAACUCGACGCGCGAUCGUCGCCAGCUGAUCCAUGACAUUGUGGUGAAGCAGCACGGCUUUCGGCUGUUCUUCGUGGAGUCGAUCUGCGAUGAUCCGCAGAUCAUUGAGCAGAACAUCCUGGAGGUCAAGGUCAGCUCACCCGAUUACCUCAACAUGAACACGGAGCUGGUGGUGCGGGAUUUCUUGCAGCGCAUCGAGCACUACGAGGAGCGCUACCAGCCCAUCGACGAGGUCACCGAGGCCCACCUCAGCUUCAUGAAGGUCUACAAUGCCGGCAAGAAGGUGGUCGUCUACAACAACGAGGGCCACGUGGAGUCGCGCAUCGUCUACUACCUGAUGAACAUUCACAUAACGCCGCGCACCAUCUACCUGACGCGUCACGGCGAGAGCGAGUACAACCUGACCGGGCUGAUCGGUGGCGACUCGAAUUUGAGUGCCCGCGGUCAUCAGUACGCCAACGCCCUGUCCACGUUCAUUGCCCAUCAGCAGAUCGACGGACUGCGGGUGUGGACGUCGUGGAUGAAGCGCGCCAUUCAGACGGUGGCCGAUGUCAAGGCGCCGCAGGAGCGCUGGAAGGCUCUCAACGAGAUCGAUGCCGGCCACUGCGAGGAGAUGACCUACGAGCAGAUCAAGGAGCGCUUCCCCGAGGAGUUCAAGGCGCGCGACGUGAACAAGUUCGCCUAUCGCUAUCCGCGCGGCGAGAGCUACGAGGAUCUGGUGGCCAGACUGGAGCCGGUCAUCAUGGAGCUGGAGCGACAGGGCAACGUGCUGGUCGUGUCGCACCAGGCGGUGCUGCGCUGCCUCUUUGCCUACUUCCUGGACAAGUCCGCCGACGAGCUGCCCUACCUGUAUGUGCCGCUGCACACGGUCAUCAAGCUGACGCCGGUGGCCUACGGCUGCAAGGUGGAGCACAUCAAGCUGGCCAUCGAUGCGGUGGACACGCACCGGCCCAAGCCCAAGAUCCCCGGCGACGUCAGCCAGCCGGGAAUGGAUGGCCUCAGCGGCGAGCUGGUGGCACCCGAUGGCGUCGGCAAGGUGCUCAUUGUGGGCGACGAUGUGGCGACGGCCACGAACGGCAAUGGCGGUCGCGUCGAUAUCAAGGCGCAUCAAUGACGGCGUCGCCUGAACCACCACCACCAACACCACCACCUCCACCACCCCGCCCAUCCACAACCUCCUUCGAUAUCAAAAUCAAAAUCCAAGACAAUCUAAGCACGGCUGCUGGAUCGGCUGCCCCCAAAAAAUACAACACAAUCCAACCCAACCCAACCCAAUCCAACCCCAGCUCCAGCACCAAUUCUUUCCCCUGUCGCAUCCCGAACAGCCCAACGGAUACGGACAAAGAUACGGACUUGCGUCGAGGAUGUGGUGGCGCUCCUACUUAAUGUGGCAAUCGGAGGCCUGCGAGUUCCACUUUGGACUGCGUAUGAAAUUGUGAUUGAUCCAUUGUGCUGUUUUAUUAUGUACUUUAACGAACAAUUAAAUAUUUUAAAAUUUU